UCCACCUCCUCUCCCUGCCCUGACUAGCCCGAGUGUGUAGGACUGUGACACGUAACUUUGUCCCCUUUCACAGACGUGACCAGGCAGCAGACCUCCAUCUGGGGCAGGGAGAGCAGAGACCGGACUUUCUUGACCCCCCCCGUCCCCAAAAUUAAAUCUGUUUUACCCCGAAUAUUUAGCAGCAUGGAGGCGCGAGACGCAACUGCAGCUGCUCUUGUGGGCAGCGAUGGAGAGGAACAAUCUACAAAGCAGGCUGCAGCUCCUAAGAAAGAUGCAGCUCCUGAAAAAGAUGCACCACAGACUCAGAGCAAGAUGGAGAAGAUCUUUGGGUUCAGGAAGGAGGACCUGACGUCCUGGCACAGCCUGGUGACCCUCCUGAACCGUCCCACUGACCCUGCAGCCCUGGGCAUCUUCCGCUGCUUGUUUGGUUUGCUGAUGGCCAUCGACGUCACUCAGGAGCGUGGCCUCAGUCACCUGGACUAUAAGUACCUGGAUGGUGCCCCUGUGUGUCGCUUUCCUCUCUUCAAUUUCUUACAGCCGCUGCCGCUGGAUUGGAUGUAUCUGAUGUAUGUCAUCAUGUUCAUUGGUGCUGUGGGCAUCAUGCUUGGCUGUUUCUACCGUCUGUCCUGCCUCAUGUUCCUCUCGACGUACUGGUACAUCUUCUUCCUGGACAAAACGACCUGGAACAAUCACUCGUACCUGUAUGGCCUCAUCGAGUUUCAGCUCACACUCAUGGAUGGCAACAGAUACUGGUCCAUUGAUGGAUUGCGGAGGCCAUCUAUAAGAAACACUCACGUGCCUCUGUGGAACUACACCUUGUUGAGGACACAGAUAUUCAUUGUAUACUUCAUUGCUGGAGUCAAAAAGUUGGACGCUGAUUGGGUGGAGGGAUACUCGAUGUCAUACCUGGCUCACCACUGGUUGUUUGAUCCUUUCAAAGUGAUUCUCCCUGUGGAGUUGGUGAGCCUGCUGGUGGUGCACGGAGGCGGUCUUGUUCUGGAUCUGACCGCCGGCUACCUGCUGUUUUUUGACGUCACGCGACCUUAUGGGAUUUUCUUCGUCAGCUACUUCCACUGUAUGAACUCUCAGCUCUUCAGCAUCGGGAUGUUCUCCUACACAAUGCUGGCCACCAGUCCCCUCUUCUGCUACCCCGACUGGCCGAGAAGAUUCUUCGGGCGCUUCCCAGCAUUCCUCAGGGCUGUGUUGCCACUCACCUCCCCGGACCCUCAACCCAGCCCUUCUUGUGUUUACAAAGAGGUUCAAAGCACCAGCAGUGAGCGCCAGGAGACUCCACCUGCCCCCAAAGCUUCCAAACUGAGACUUAAGCACAAGCUGGCGACCAUUUUCACUUUAAUCUACAUAACUGAACAGUUCUUCCUGCCGUACUCGCAUUUCAUCACACAGGGUUACAACAACUGGACCAAUGGUUUGUACGGCUACUCAUGGGACAUGAUGGUUCAUUCCCGCAGCCAUCAGCACGUUAAGAUCACCUACAAAGAUGCAAAAACUGGGGAAAUUGGAUAUCUGAACCCAGGGGUUUUCACACAAAGCCGUCGAUGGAAGGAUCACGGAGACAUGCUAAAGCAGUAUGCCACAUGCCUCCAUGAGUUCCUGCCCCGAUAUAAUAUCACUGACCCGGAAAUCUACUUUGACAUCUGGGUGUCCAUCAAUGAACGCUUCCAGCAAAGGAUCUUUGAUCCGCGUGUGGACAUUGUGAGGGCGGACUGGUCACCUUUCCGACCAAACACAUGGCUGAUGCCUCUGCUGGUGGACCUCUCACCCUGGAGGACCAAGUUUCAGGAGAUUGAGGGCAGUUUGGACAAUCAGACCGAGAUUGUCUUUAUCGCUGAUUUCCCAGGUCUCCACUUAGAAAACUUUGUAAGUGAAGAUCUUGGCAACACCAGCAUCAGUGUGUUGCAGGGCAAAGUGAACGUUGAGAUAGUAGAGGAGAAGAAGAACUACACUCUUCAGCCUGGUGAGCAGAUAAAGGUACCUGCUGGGGCUUACCAUAAGGUGUACACAGUGUCUGAAGACCCGUCUUGCUACAUGUACAUCUACGUCAACACCACAGAGUCGGCGCUACAGCAGAACUUCACCAAGCUGUUAGAGCUUCAGGAGCGCAUUCGCAAUGGGACAGAAACGGAGCCUCUUCCUCCUGAGCUGCAGCCUCUUGUCGCUGCAGACAAUGAAGGGGCGGAGGUCAACACCACCGACCCCAUUGUGCAGCUGUUCCUGAAGAGGCAGCGCCGCAUGAAGGAGGUGAAAAAACGCAGGGAGGCUGGUGUGCUAGAGCGGCUGGAGCGCUUUGCAGUAAAGAAGUACUACACGAUACGGAGAGGAUUCUUGAUGACAGCCAUCGCCAUGAGAAACCUGGCGGUGGGUCUCCCUCCUAUCGAGCAGCUGACCAGAGAAGUCGCCUUCGCCAACAUGAAAGCACCCGAGGCAGAAGCCAACCAGGACGAAAGGCUAAAAGAUGAAGUCGGUCAUGGAGAACUUUAAAGCCGUCGCUGGGACCAGAGAUAAUGUGCUGAAUUGCUGGAUCGCACAUAUCAGACAGAUGUGUGUAUGUGUGUGUGUGUGUGUGUGUGUUGUUACUACUGGACUGUUACUGUGACAGCGUUGCCCAGAAAUCAGAGGACUUUUAAUUUUCUAUGCUUCUGAAAUAUUUUGCAUUUCAGAUUAUUUCCUAAUGUAAAGCCAGUAUUUUUUAAGAAUCUGAAUUUAUGCAGAGGACAUUUUUCUGUCAUAGCUGCGGCUAAACGUGAAUUCUGUACAUUAACACAAUUAUGCUUAAGAGUCUUAUAAGUGCAAUUAAGGCUUGGGGACACUUUGACAUUGAUAAUUAAUUAAAAAUGACAGACAUCUAUGACAAUGAAGUUUGCAUUGUAUGAUCUGCUGGAGGGUCAUAUUUUAAAUACACUAAACUUGAAUGCGUCUUUGUUUUGACUGGAAACAAGAAAGCAUGUUACUGAACGGUUUCAAGUUUAUGGGGACAGAUUUUUAGUGAAUAACCGAGCUCUAAUUUCUGUCAUUUUUGCUGGAUCAUGACAAGCGGAUUUAAAAUUUUCAGAAGGAUAUAUGGAGGUUUACUCUGUUAAAAGGGAACGUGCUUCUCUGAUCUUUCACCCUUUAAUGUGAGAAACACUGACAAAUACAAAACAGUUGUGAUCUUGUCAAUCAGCCUUUUCUAGUCACUUUUUUAUAAUAAAGUUCAUGUGUUAAUACA